CUGCGCGUCCCAGACGAGCAGGACCGUUAGCGUCCAUCUUCCUCACCGUACCCACCGCUCCGGACCGGCUCCUCUCUCCAGACUGCGAGCCCCGGCCCCGCAGGCGCAGCCAGCCGCCGGCGCAGGGGGAGGGCGCCCCGCCGCAGGCCGCCGAGCCCCCAAACCUCGGACCAGCCGCGCAAGGAACCCCGCCCCAGGACGCCCUUCACCUCGGAAGUCCCCGCCGGGCCCUGACCCGGAGGCAGUCGGGCGCGGCCGCCGCUUCCGCUGGAGGCGGGGCGGCGCGGCGCAUGCGCGGCUGGGUAGAGCCGCCGGCCCGCGGGCGCCAUGGUGUUCCUCACCGCGCAGCUCUGGCUGCGGAGCCGGCUCACUGACCGCUACUGGCGGGUACAGGAGGUGCUGCGGCAUGCGCGGCACUUCCGCGGAAGGAAGAACCGGUGCUACCGGCUGGCGGUGCGAGCGGUGACCAGAGCGUUUGUGAAAUGCACAAAAGCGCGAAGACUGAAGAAGAGGAACAUGAGGACACUCUGGAUUAAUCGAAUUACAGCCGCCUCCCAGGAACAUGGACUGAAAUACCCGGCAUUCAUUGUCAAUUUAAUUAAGUGCCAGGUGGAGCUCAACAGGAAAGUACUUGCGGAUCUAGCCAUCUAUGAACCAAAGACUUUUAAAUCUUUGGCUGCUUUGGCCAAAACAAGGCGACAAGAAGGAUUUGCUGCUGCCCUGGGGGAUGGGAAAGAACCUGAAGGCAUAUUUUCCAGAGUGGUGCAUUAUCACUGAGGGGGACUCCAACACUGUCUGCCCUUUGCAGCCGAAUGUCUUAGGAAGUUUUCUUUUUCCAUCAGAGUAAUUAAAAUAGGGGCUAAGAAUUAUUUGUCACCAGUGUGUUUUAUCACCAAUUAGUAAUCUACAUUUUAAUAAUAGGUGUAAGAGCCCCUUUUUUCCCUCACUGCGACAGAUCUAGACAUCAUACAGAUUGUACAAAUAAAGUUCGUGUGGUAUUCAGA